CUUUUAAUGGUGUGGGGCGUGAGUGGUCUGACUGGUCGGAACAAUUUGAUCUGGCGGCUGAGGUAAACAGAGCAGCCCUCGUCCCUGAACCUCCCGUCCUGCCUUCCCUGCCAGCCCCAGGAUCUCUCGUCUCCCCUUCCCUUCGUCUCCGUGUCCUGUGCCUGCCUGUUGGACUGGAUCUCCCCGGCUACCGAAUCUACCUUCUGUCCCCGACCAUUCUUCUUGCCUGGCCCAUUGAAAGCCUGUUACCUGCUCGAUCUAAUAAAGAUCGCGCUGUUCCGCAUUCCUGGGUCCGCGUUUCCCUGCCGAGGGUGUCCUAACAAUUAUGUCUCCAGUAAUAAUUUUCUGCUAAUAGCAUUAAUUCUCUUAUUUCGGUAUCGGUGUACUGCAUGUACAUGUUAUCACCAUCAAAGAAAAAAACGCGUUAUGACUUAUCAGUCAUUAUUAUUGUUUUUGUCGUUUAUUUAAUCGUGUAGCAAUACUGCCACUUGUCAUAUUAUUAAUUGCGUAUUUAUAUAAUAUUAACCAAUGACCAAUCUCUGUAUCUUACUAGCAUCUUUUGCGCAUUUGUCUUUGUAUCAGCCGUAGCGGUCUGCAGGGGGAAUCGCAGAAGCUGGAGUUUCUUAGAGCGCUGCAUGGGUUUGGACAAACAUUAGGGAGAAGCAAACACAAACGAUUCGUGAGUGCAUCGUACGUGUUGUAAGAGCAAGUGAAGCUGAAAGACAUUGACAGUGAAGUGAUGGCUCCCUCUAUCAAUCUCUUCACCUUCCUCGUCCUGUCCCUGGUGGGGGGCAGCUCUUCAUGGGACGAAGCUUCUCCUUGCGGAUCCGGCUCCAUCCUGACAAGGCCCUACACGGCCUUGUGUGAGCUGGAUGCGGUGUGGGGCUUGGUGGUGGUGGUGGCGGCAGCGGCGGCGGCCCUCGCCUCGCUGAUCCUGCUCCUGGUGGUACUGUGUCGCCUGCGGAAGAUCACAGAGGCUGAGGAGCGCAGCGGGGUGGCGCCGCUACUCCUGCUGCUCGCUGCCAUACUUGGGCUCUGUGGCCUCAGCCUGGGAUACAUCGCUGAGCACCAAGAGAGCCUCUGCUUCGCCCGGCGUGUCCUGAGGGGGGUGUUGCUUGCUAUCUGCAACACCUGCCUAGUGUUCCAGGGUCUGCGACUGCGCCGGUUGGGACAAGGUGCUCAUAGCCCCAGCACAGGUCAACUGAUGGGGCUGGCGGUGGCCUUGGCCGUGGUGGAUCCGGAGUGGAUCCUUCUAGCCACGAUGUCCACGUGCCAGCCAGCCUGUGAUUACCAGCCGCUGGACUUUGCGCUGGCCACCACUUAUGUGCUGGUCCUGCUCCUGGCAGCAUUGGUGGGGGCGGCCUGCAGUCUGUGGAGGCAGCAGCCACGGUGGAGGUGCAGGACCAUGUGGCUGCUCAUCACCUGCCUGGCCUCAGUCCUGCUGUGGGUGGCCUGGAUCACCUUCUGCCUGUAUGGCAACGCGGCGCUUGGCCUGUCCCCAACAUGGGACAACCGGGUACAGGCAGUGGUGCUGCUGGCACAGGCAUGGCUGCUCAUACUGCUGCACGCUGCUCCUGAGGUCCACGCCACCUUACGGCCCGCAUCCCGCAUGAGAGAGGCCAAUUUAGAGGAGGGCCUUUCUCACCUGUAGUUUGGAGCAAACCGGGACUUCGUGUUCAGUGACAACAACUCAGGUGUCCUCCCCAGCCCCCAGGAAACAUUACAUUUUAAAUAAAUAAUAUAUAUAUCAUCA